AUGCGUGUCGCGCAGGACUACUUGGUGUUCCUCUCUUUCAUCGCGAUUUCAGUGUCCGCCAUUGGAUUCGAGAAACGAGCGACAGUUCCAGCGUUUGUCCGUCAAUUCGCUCCGGUGGUGUUCCUCGACUCUACGGAAGCAUUCUUUCCCAGUGACAUUGCCUUACAAGUCGCGAACACUCACCCUGAAGAUUUCACGGGGCGAAAUAUCACUCCGCCUGCCCCCUUGACCUUGUCCAACCUCAACAUCCUGAACACCUUCGGGAGCAACAAUGGCAGCAACGUCUCUCUCACGUCCGACGAGGGCAUCCGUGCCCUGCCUUCGUGGUUCAACGGCCAAAGGCCUGUCGUCGAUGGCUCGUUACCAGAUAACACGACCGCCACCGCUGUCGUGACCGUGAGCAAACCCAACAACAUCCUGGACGCCUUUUUCUUCUUCUUCUACGCCUACAAUCGCGGGGACUGGAUCUUCGGACUCCCUAUACUCGAACUGGGCGACCACGUCGGCGACUGGGAACAUGUGAUGGUGCGGUUCCAGAACGAGACGCCGCAGGCGAUGUGGUUCAGCGAACACUCCGGGGGGCAGGCCUUCACGUUCAGCGCCAUCCCGAAAUUCAACAACGGGACCCGACCCAUCGUGUACAGCGCCAAUGGCACCCACGCCAACUACGCCACGCCGGGGCCGCACCCGCUGAACAUCACGGGUCUCAACCUGGGGACCGGCCUGCCCAUCUCGCCCGUCACAGACGAGACCGACCCGGGCAUCCUGUGGGACCCCCUCGCCAACGCGUUCUUCUACUCGUUCGACAACACGACGCAGAAGUUCGCCGCCUACAACGACAUCGACUCCACCGGCUGGUUGAAUUUCAACGGCAUCUGGGGCGACCUGCAGCUCCCCCUCAAUGCCUCGGGCCAGGUCGACCUGCUCGGCCAGAUCAAGUACGUAAGCGGGCCGACGGGACCCAAGUUCAAAGGCCUCGGCAGAGUGGACGUCUGUAACACCGACGUCGAUUCUUGUGUCGUCCUGACGUCGGUGGGAUCGUGA